AUGGGCCAAGACUAUAGCUACUCGCAACCUGAUUCAUCCGAUCACACUGAAAGGUACUCGAUGGACACUGCGGAGAGAGAACUAGAAGCGUUGAUACUUAUGGAUGAAGCUGAGAGUACACCGAACAAUGCUGAGUCGAGGCAAUAUCCACCUCAACCUGAGGUUGAGCAUGGAUUCCCCAAGCAAUGCUAUUGUGGUGCGCAACCAAUACUAUCCAACUGCUACAACAGAAGGUUCUUCACAUGUCCAAAUGUCGAUGAUGGAGAGAUGCAUAUACACAAGUGGUGGGAUGUUGCUGUAAUGGAGGAGCUGAGAGACAAUGAUAGACGAUAUGAAGUUCUAGCUGAGAAGGUAGAUUACUUGACCUUAUUCAAUGAGUAUGAAUCGGACAUCAUUCAGGUAAGAGAUCAGUGUUACGCAACUGAACAGAAGAUGGGUACUUUAGAGAAUGUAGUUUAUGAGCUACGUAAUGAAAAUAGGCUUAGAAAUGUAAAUGAUUUGCUGGUUGUUGGUGUAAUGGUUAUUUUCGCAUGUCUUCUAGGUAUCUUGUUCAUGUAUACUUAA